AUGUCGUUCACUAACAUCAUAGUAUUCAUUUUAUGGAUAUUCACCUUUUAUUUUGAAUUGUGCAUUUGUCAUGGUAUUCAAAUAGCCUUAUCGAUAAACUUUCUUCUAGAUAUCUUAGUUCUAACCGUUGCAACGGAGAAAAACGAUGCUUUACAUAGGUUUCUAAGGUCCAGUAGCCUGAACGGAUUUGAAGUGAAGGUACUUGGGGAAGGAAUCCAUUGGAAAGGUGGAUAUGUUGCAAAGUCAACUGGCGGUGGGCAGAAAGUCAAUUUAUUGAAAGAAGAGCUAGUUAAUGGUGAUUACAAACCGGACCAAAUCAUUUUGUUUGUUGACAGUUAUGAUGUUGUUUUCAUGCAAAAUGUGACCAAAUUAAUCGAAGAAUAUGAAAAGUUUGAAUCAAAAGUAAUAUUUUCUGCAGAGGAAUUUUGUUGGCCACAACCAAGCUUAAAGAACUUAUAUCCUGAAGUAAAUGCCGGUGAAAAACGUUAUUUGAAUUCGGGUGGAUUUAUUGGACCAGCAGUGAAUUUAAUGAAGAUAAUCAAUCAUGCACCAAUUAAAGAUGAUGAUGAUGAUCAAUUGUAUUAUACAAAUAUAUUUUUAGAUCCAAAGCUACGAAAACUGUAUGAUAUAGAACUUGACAAAACUUCAAGAAUUUUUCAAAAUCUUAAUGGAGCAUUCAAUGAUGUGGAAUUACAUUUCAAUGAUGAAACAGGAUAUCUAUUUAAUAAAAUAUUUUCUACAACUCCAAUUAUAGCUCAUGGUAAUGGACCGAUAAAGGUUGAAUUUAAUUCACUAUCAAAUUACCUUGCAUAUUCUUGGAGUCCUACACAAAACUGUCGACAUUGUGAUGAAGAUAAUAUUGAAAUUCAGGAUAUUUCAGACUACCCACUAGUUGUUAUGGGAAUUUUCAUUGAACAAGGAACACCAUUCAUAGAAAGGUUCUUUGAACGAAUAGCAGCUUUGUCUUACCCAAAGUCCAGGAUUCAUGUAGUUGGUCAUUUGGCAGAGGACAGUAAAUUCCAAUCUCCAAUAGCAGAGUCAUUCAACCGAACUUUUGGACACCAAUAUUUUUCAGUCAGUUGGCUUGAAGAAAAUCUAGAUGAGGAAAAUGCGAAAAGGAAAGUAUUUGGAUAUUGUUUGGCGAUUGAAGAUUGUAAAUAUGUAUUUGUAGUGGACAGUAUUGCUCAACUAGAAAAUCCAGAGACUCUGAAUCAUUUGGUUAAAAUGAACCGUUCAAUAAUUGCGCCUUUGUUAGCUAUAAGAGGAAAAGCUUGGUCGAACUUCUGGGGAGCUUUAAGUGAUGAUGGAUUUUACGCUAGAUCUGAUGACUACAUGGAUAUAAUAAGCUACAAUAAAAUAGGGAUUUGGAACGUACCCCUGGUUAGAAGUGCAUAUUUAAUAUCGCGAUGGGCAGUACGUAAAAUGAUCGAUGUCAAUAACACCGAGAUGAACUUUGCACUCGAGGCAAGGAAUAAGAACGUCUUUAUGUUUGUGGAUAAUCAAAUGAACUUUGGAUAUUUAAUCGACGCCAACAACUAUACAAAAGGUAAACUGCACAACGACUUGUGGCAAAUUAAGGAUAAUCCUCAGGACUGGGAAGAAAAAUAUAUACACCCACAAUACUUCGACUUUGCAAAACCUGAAGUGACAAUGACAGACAUUGCACAACCAUGUCCAGACGUAUUUUGGUUUCCUCUGGUAUCAGAAACUUUCUGUAAACAUCUUAUUGAAGAAGUAGAGAACUAUGGACAGUGGUCAACAGGAGAUAACUAUGAUCCAAGAUUAGAAGGCGGUUACGAGAAUGUACCAACUAGGGAUAUUCACAUGCGCCAAAUUGAUUGGGAGGAAAACUGGCUUUAUGUUCUAGAAAAGUACGUGCAUAAAAUGCAAAAGAAAAUCUUCCAAGGAUAUGAUGACAAGCCAUGGGCACGUAUGAAUUUCGUCGUUAGAUACAAGCCAGACGAACAACCUGCGUUGAGACCUCAUCAUGAUGCGUCUUCCUACACACUCAAUAUUGGACUAAACCAGCCUGGAAAAGACUAUAAAGGAGGUGGCAUACGCUACAAUCGUUACAACUGUUCAAUCGUUGAUACACGUGUCGGGUGGGCAGUGGUCAGUCCAGGAAGAGUGACUCAUUUGCACGAAGGACUACCGACAACGGAAGGGACACGCUACAUCUUUGUUACCUUUGUCAAUCCUUAA